AUGAACACGCCCAGCCAUGCGCGCUUUGGUGCCUCUUUCGGCGCAGGCGGUCUGCAAGGUCCCUACCUCACUCCCGAUCCGCCAUCAAUGGUCGACCAGCUGCCUAGCAUCAAGUUUGGCUUCGACGACUUGCGCGACCGCAUGGCUCGCUUCACUGCCCGCUUCGACGACUUCAUCGAGCAGGGUCGUAAGCGCGUUCUGGAGGAGCGCAACCAUUUCCGUAUCAACAUGUCCGAGAUUCAAGAAUCGCAACGAGCAAGACGUCGAGAACUCGAAGACAUGUCUAACAAGUCCAUCGCCCACCAAAACACCCUAGACAAGGAAGCACAAGAGCACGACGAGAUGCAGCAGCAAAUUGAGGAGCUUGACAUGCAGCGUCAGAACCAUGAAGCCCACCGCGAUCACCUCCGCUCGCAAAUCUCCUCGCUGCAGAAAGCCAUCCACACACGUCGCCAGGCCCAACACCACCAUCAGCGACAGCUCGACAACCAAGCACGACACAACCGACCCGAACUACACUUCUGGGAGUCACACUUAUGCAUGCGUAUCGAGGGUCUGGGAAUUGACGACAGGAUCAAGUUCGUCUACACACACGUCGAUGAGAGGGAUUGGGACCGUCAGUGCGCCUUUGAACUCAACAUGGAGACAAAGGACUACCAGGUCAUAGCAGUCCAACCAGCAUUGGAUGACGAGGCUGUUGAUGCCGUGGUGGAGCGUCUGAAUGAGACGAGAGAUCUGGCUGCCUUCCUCAAAGCAAUGCGCGCCUUGUUUACCGCAUCCAUCAGGCGUUGA